UUGGUAUGUUAAACCCAAAAACGUGGAGUCAGGUCUCUGGACGCUGAAAAGCACAAAUUUACCGAAGCAUCCCUUCGGUGAAACUCCCACCCUUCUGCACCAUGAUGUUGAAAUCCAUCAGCUCCGUCGCAGCAACGACCAUGUUGGGUUUCGGUCUCUUCACUCUCUUCUUUGCCGGAUUUCUUGAUUUCCCACCAGCUUCUUCUUCGAUCCCUUCACCCAAAGCUUCAACCAUUGUAUCCCUAUCAAAUUCCCCACCCGACCCGUUUGAGGACCUUUUAGGAGCUUUCAAGAAAUGGGAUUCUCAAGUAGGAUGUGCCCGGUUCAGGGAGAAGCACAGAUUAGUGUUGAUGAGAAAUGGGUCUUCUUCUUUGGUUUCUUCUGGUUCUCUGCAAGAUGUAGACGAGGGUGAAUUGGAAUGUGGAGAGUUGAGGAUGAAGCAUGUGAGUGUUCUGGUGAAGGGGUGGACUUGGAUUCCUGAUGAUAUGGAUAAUCUCUACUCUUGUAGAUGUGGUCUUAGCUGCUUGUGGACUAAAUUGUCAAUUAUGGCUGAUCAUCCUGAUGCUUUGUUGUUUGAGACUAUUACUCCUCCUCUCCAGAGACGGAAAGGUGAGCCGUUACGUGUGUACAUGGAUCUUGAACCUGGGAGGAAGAGAUCAGGAUACGAGGAUGUUUUUAUUAGCUAUCACGCCAAAGAUGAUGUCCAAUCCACGUAUGCUGGGUCGCUCUUUCAUAAGAGUAGAAAUUAUCAUCUCUCUCGUUCUAAGAGAAAUGACACUCUCGUGUAUUGGUCCUCAUCCCGGUGUCUUCCUGAGAGAAACAAACUCGCCAGACGCUUCCUUAGCCUACUCCCACACCACUCAUUCGGAAAGUGCCUCAACAACGUCGGCGGCCUUGACAAAGCCCUCUCAUUUUACCCCGAAUGCGUCAAGGACCCAAACGAGGCCCCCAAGUGGUGGGACCACCUCCACUGCGCGAUGUCAAAUUACAAGUUUGUCCUCGCAAUUGAGAACACAUUCACAGAGAGUUAUGUGACAGAGAAGCUAUUCUACGCGCUCGAGUCAGGGUCCGUCCCAAUUUACUUUGGCGCCCCAAAUGUGUGGGACCUAGUGCCCCCACAUUCGAUCAUUGAUGGGACAAAGUUCGAGUCUUUGGAGGGACUAGCGUCUUACAUUAGGGCACUUGCAGAUGAUCCAGUGGCCUAUGCAGAAUACCAUGCAUGGAGGAGGUGUGGAGUGUUGGGCAACUACAGGAAAACGAGGGCAGCCAGUUUGGAUACUUUGCCUUGUAGGCUUUGUGAAGCUGUGAGCAAGAAAAAUGGAAGAAAUUAUGAAUAGUGAUGUUCAUAUAAAGCAUUGAGUUGCUGAGAUGGCUAGAUAAGAUUAUUAUUAAUAUUUUUGUUGGGGAGGUAAUUGCUUUGUUAACAUAGUAAUUUAUUUUCUUUGUGAAGAAAUUGAAAAAAUUAAUUGAUAUAGACAGGUAGGCACUUGGCAGUCUGCAUUUAAACUUUCGCUUCUUUUUUCCAUGUUUUGCUUCGUAGUUUAUAUCUGUACCAAAAAUAACAUUCUCAAUUUGGCUUUUGAAGUUAACUUAAUUUUUUAUUGUU